GAAAAAAUUAUUUUGUUUCAGUGCGAGGAUGUCGUCCUGGCAAGAUCGUGCAGAUGUCAGAAGCAGAAGUUCGGGGUUUGUGUAUAAAAUCACGAGAAAUCUUUCUUAGCCAGCCUAUUCUCCUGGAACUAGAGGCACCCCUGAAAAUUUGUGGUGACAUUCAUGGGCAAUAUACAGAUUUACUUCGAUUGUUUGAGUAUGGAGGAUUCCCACCGGAAGCCAACUAUCUUUUUCUGGGAGAUUACGUAGACAGAGGCAAGCAGUCUCUGGAAACCAUCUGCUUACUACUGGCUUACAAAAUCAAGUAUCCAGAAAACUUCUUUCUCCUAAGAGGAAACCAUGAGUGUGCUAGCAUUAAUCGUAUCUAUGGAUUCUAUGAUGAAUGCAAACGGCGAUUUAAUAUUAAACUUUGGAAGACAUUCACAGACUGCUUUAACUGUCUUCCUAUUGCAGCCAUUGUGGAUGAGAAGAUCUUCUGCUGUCAUGGAGGACUGUCGCCAGAUCUCCAGUCAAUGGAGCAGAUUCGGAGAAUUAUGAGACCCACAGAUGUUCCUGAUACAGGAUUGCUGUGCGACUUACUGUGGUCGGAUCCGGACAAAGAUGUGCAAGGAUGGGGCGAAAAUGAUCGUGGGGUCUCGUUCACUUUUGGUGCUGAUGUGGUCAGUAAAUUUCUGAACCGUCAUGAUCUGGAUUUGAUCUGUCGAGCUCAUCAGGUGGUUGAAGAUGGAUAUGAAUUCUUUGCUAAACGACAGUUGGUUACCCUAUUUUCGGCUCCAAAUUACUGCGGCGAGUUUGAUAAUGCUGGAGGCAUGAUGAGUGUGGAUGAAACUUUGAUGUGUUCCUUUCAGAUAUUGAAACCAUCUGAAAAGAAAGCCAAGUACCAGUAUGGUGGAUUGAAUUCUGGACGUCCAGUCACUCCACCUCGUACAGCUAAUCCACCAAAGAAGAGGUGAAGAAAGGAACUAUGUCAAAACAUCAGAUCUAUCAAGGACAAAACUCCAUAUUACAGUAUAUAAUAAGUGUGCACUGUAAAACCAUCCAGCCAUUUGACACCCUUUAUGAUGUCACACGUUUAACUUAAAGAGACGGGUAAAGGAUCUUUACUAAUUUUUUUCUAGUAGAAAGAUGUGCGACACUGUAUUGUAACAAGUAUAGCUCCAAGUUCUAAUAUCCAACAUAGAGUAAAAUCCAGAUGAAAAAAAUCUAUUAAAUUACAUGUUCACUUAUCACAGUUUUUAAAGUUGACCAACAUCCCAGUUAAAACUUAAUGUAAUACUUAAACCAGA